AGGGUGAAGGAGGUCUUUGGGGCAGGGGUCAUGAGGCACAUGAUUGUCCUCUUCACCCAUAAGGAAGACCUGGUAGAUGAGAGCUUGGAUGAGUUUGUGAGCCACACUGACAACCACAGCCUGCGCAGCCUGGUGCAGGAGUGUGGGAGGAGGUACUGUGCCUUCAACAACAGGGCCACUGGGGCUGAGCAGCAGGGGCAGCUGGCAGAGCUCAUGGCCCUAGUGCAGAGGGUAGAACAGGAAUGUGAGGGUGCCUUCCACAGCAAUGACCUCUUCCUUUAUGCCCGGGUGUUCCUCAGUGAUGGCUACAGUGAGCAGCAGGACCCGUAUAGGUGCUACCUGGCCAAGGUGAGGCAGGAGCUGGAGAAGCAGAAGCGGAUUCUGAAGGAGCAGGAGGGCAUCUGGAUAGCUAAAAUGCUUUACAAAGUCAAGACCUGCCUGUGCUCCCACCUUGCAGUAUCUUCCUUCAUUAUUAUGUUUGGUUUGACUUUCAUCUUCAUUCUAAUUGCCGUGUAUAUUACCCAUUGGAACUGAGUCUUUUCAGGUGCUUUCGGCCAUCACCCCACCACCCCAAAGUCUUAUCAGAGCACCUCAGCAGGGUGUUAAACCCUGUGCUUUCAGAUGACUAUUUCAGUGCCCUGAGAUCUGGUUACCACCCUGCCAUGGACACUGUUAUGAAUGUUGAACCAUCUGCUGUACCCAUGUGUGGUAAAGAAGGCUCCAGAGUUAUCCCUGAUUGGAGAAAAAAGUUGCCUACACCUGGACAGGGCAGAAGUGAGGGUUUGAGCUAAGGUUCUCAGGCUUUGGAGAUAGAAGGGUCAGCGGGGAGAGGAAGUAGAAUAGAAAGGAGGAAGCAGAGCCACCUUGGGGUAUCAUGGACAGAAGCACAAGGACGGAGGAAAGUUGCCCAGAUGGGGAGCACAAGCAAGUGUUUAUGAAAUUGUGGAAGUACCCAGGGUAGAAAUUAUUAGAGCGAUUCGCACAGAGGCUGGGAGGGUAAGGAGAGUUUAGGGAUUAAUAUCUCCCAGGCUCAGGUAAAAUAAAUCUAUCUAAAAUCUAUCAGGUGGGGCUGGGAAGAUGGCUCAGUGGUUAAGAGCACUGGCUGCUUUUCUAGAGGACCUGGGUUCAAUCCCCAGCACCCACACAGCAGCUCACAACUGCCUGUAAUGCCAGCUUCAGGGCUUCUGACACCCUCACACCAGAGGGCACCAACAAACACAAAAUAAAGAUAAUAUAUAUAUUAAAGUC